UCAGGAGUGUUUUGGAUGGUACUGAAUGAGAGCAGCCUGUGAAUUCGAGUGAUAUCAACGCAAGCCGGCCAGACCCUGACUAUUGCUCAUCAUAUUUUACUUUUGGGGUCGUUUUGGGCACUUUUAAUACAAUACAUAAUAUUAACUCCGCGUGUCCCCCUUCCCCUUUCCUUUUCUCUUGACACUUGAGACACAGAGCCUCAAGAAUGGCUCAAAUACUGCCGAUACGAUUUCAGGAACAUCUGCAGCUGCAGACCCUAGGGGUGAACCCGGCUAACAUUGGGUUCAGCUACCUGACCAUGGAAUCUGACAAAUUCAUCUGUAUCCGAGAAAAGGUGGGCGAACAGAACCAGGUGGUAAUCAUAGACAUGGCCGACCCACAUAACCCCAGCAGACGACCCAUCUCCGCUGACAGUGCCAUCAUGAACCCUGCCAGCAAGGUCAUCGCCCUGAAAGACGCUGCUAAGUGCCUGCAGAUCUUCAACAUUGAGAUGAAGAGUAAAAUGAAGGCCCACACCAUGACAGAGGAAGUCAUGUUCUGGAAGUGGAUCUCGGUCAACACCGUCGCCUUGGUGACUGAAGGCUCCGUCUACCAUUGGAGCAUGGAGGGGGAUUCGCAGCCUGUGAAAGUGUUUGACCGGCACGCCAGUCUGGCUGGAUGCCAGAUCAUAAACUACCGAACGGAUGAGCAGCAGAAGUGGCUCCUGCUCAUAGGGAUCUCGGCACAGCAAAACCGUGUGGUGGGGGCCAUGCAGCUGUACUCUGUGGACAGGAAGGUGUCCCAGCCCAUUGAGGGCCAUGCGGCGGCCUUUGGGGAGUUUAAGGUGGAGGGCAACACCAAACCCUCCACUCUGUUCUGUUUCGCUGUGCGCAGCCAGGCUGGGGGAAAGCUACACAUCAUAGAGGUGGGUCAGCCGGCUACAGGGAACCAGCCAUUUACCAAGAAGGCUGUUGAUGUGUUCUUCCCUCCUGAGGCUCAGACAGACUUCCCCGUUGCCAUGCAGAUUGGAACCAAGCACGGUGUGAUCUACUUGAUCACCAAGUAUGGCUACAUCCACCUGUAUGACCUCGAGUCAGGGGUGUGUAUCUACAUGAACCGCAUCAGCGCAGAGACCAUCUUUGUCACCGCCCCCCAUGAACCCACCUCCGGCAUCAUCGGGGUUAACAAGAAGGGACAGGUGUUGUCGGUGUGUGUGGAGGAGGAGAACAUUGUGAACUACGCCACCAACGUGCUACAGAACCCAGACCUCGGCCUGAGGAUGGCUGUGCGCUCCAACCUGGCUGGGGCAGAGGAGCUGUUUGCCAGAAAGUUCAACACGCUCUUCUCCCAGGGCUCCUACUCAGAGGCAGCCAAGGUUGCUGCAUCUACGCCCAAGGGAAUCCUGCGUACGGCCGAGACCAUCCGUAAGUUCCAGAGCGUGCCGGCCCAGCCGGGCCAGGCCUCUCCGUUGCUACAAUACUUUGGCAUCCUACUGGACCAAGGCCAGCUCAACAAGUUUGAGUCUCUGGAGCUGUGCAGGCCUGUCCUAGCACAGGGCCGCAAGCAGCUGCUGGAGAAGUGGCUCAAAGAGGACAAGCUGGAGUGUUCUGAGGAGCUUGGUGACCUGGUAAAGGCAGUAGAUCCUACUCUAGCCCUUAGUGUCUACCUCAGGGCCAACGUACCCAACAAGGUGAUCCAGUGCUUCGCUGAGACAGGCCAGUUCCAGAAGAUUGUGCUUUAUGCCAAGAAGGUGGGCUACACUCCAGACUGGGUGUUUCUGUUGAGAAAUGUGAUGCGGGUCAGUCCAGAACAGGGUCUACAGUUUGCACAGAUGCUGGUUGCAGAUGAGGAGCCCCUGGCCAACAUUAACCAGAUAGUGGAUGUGUUCAUGGAGGGCAGUCUGAUCCAGCAGUGUACCUCAUUCCUAUUGGAUGCUCUGAAGAACAACCAGCCAACUGAAGGACACUUACAGACACGUCUACUGGAGAUGAACCUCAUUCAUGCCCCCCAGGUGGCCGAUGCCAUCCUGGGCAACCAGAUGUUUAGUCACUAUGACCGUGCCCAUGUCGCCCAGCUGUGUGAGAAGGCCGGCCUGCUGCAGAGAGCUCUGGAACACUACACCGACCUGUACGACAUCAAACGGACUGUGGUUCACACACACCUGCUCAACCCAGAGUGGCUGGUUAACUUCUUUGGCUCCCUGUCAGUUGAGGACUCUGUAGAGUGUCUCCGGGCCAUGUUAUCUGCCAACAUCCGACAGAACCUGCAGCUGUGUGUCCAGGUGGCAUCUAAAUACCACGAGCAGCUGGGAACCAACACCCUUGUGGAGCUCUUUGAGUCCUUUAAGAGCUAUGAGGGUCUGUUUUACUUCCUUGGCUCCAUCGUAAACUUCAGCCAGGACCCUGACGUCCAUUUUAAAUACAUCCAGGCAGCCUGCAAGACAGGACAGAUUAAGGAGGUGGAGCGCAUCUGCAGAGAGAGCAACUGUUACGACCCAGACCGAGUCAAGAACUUCCUCAAGGAGGCUAAACUGACUGACCAGCUGCCUCUGAUCAUUGUGUGUGACCGCUUUGACUUUGUCCAUGACCUGGUCUUGUAUCUGUACCGGAACACUCUACAGAAGUACAUUGAGAUCUACGUUCAGAAGGUGAACCCCAGUCGUCUGCCUGUGGUGAUCGGAGGACUGCUGGACGUGGACUGUUCUGAGGACGUCAUAAAGAACCUCAUCUUGGUGGUGAGAGGCCAGUUCUCCACUGAUGAGCUGGUGGCUGAGGUGGAGAAGAGGAACAGACUGAAGCUGUUGUUGCCGUGGCUGGAGUCUCGUAUCCACGAGGGCUGUGAGGAGCCGGCUACCCACAAUGCCUUGGCUAAGAUCUACAUUGACAGCAACAACACCCCGGAGCGCUUCCUGAAGGAGAACCCCUUUUAUGACAGCGCUGUAGUGGGGAAGUACUGUGAAAAGAGAGACCCUCACCUAGCCUGCGUAGCCUACGAGAGGGGCCAGUGUGACCUCGACCUUAUCAAGGUGUGCAAUGAAAACUCACUGUUCAAGAGUGAGGCCCGCUACCUGGUCCGACGAAAAGACCCAGAACUAUGGGCCACCGUUCUAGAGGAGAACAACCCUUAUAGACGCCAGCUCAUCGACCAGGUAGUGCAAACAGCUCUUUCGGAGACCCAGGACCCAGAGGAGGUGUCUGUGACAGUCAAGGCUUUUAUGACAGCUGACCUGCCCAAUGAGCUUAUUGAACUAUUGGAGAAGAUCGUGCUGGACAACUCCGUCUUCAGUGAACACCGAAAUCUCCAGAACCUGCUGAUCCUGACGGCCAUCAAGGCAGACCGAACCCGUGUGAUGGAGUACAUCAACCGCCUGGACAACUAUGACGCCCCAGACAUCGCUAACAUCGCCAUCAGCAACGAGCUCUUUGAGGAGGCCUUCGCCAUCUUCAAGAAGUUUGACGUCAACACCUCCGCCAUUCAGGUUCUCAUAGAACACAUCCAUAACCUGGACCGAGCCUAUGAGUUUGCCGAGCGCUGUAACGAGGCAGCGGUGUGGAGUCAGUUGGCCCGGGCCCAGCUCCACAGAGACCUGGUGAAAGAGGCCAUCGACUCGUACAUCAAAGCGGAUGACCCAUCAGCCUACAUGGAGGUGGUCAGCGCUGCCAGCAAGAACAAUAACUGGGAGGACCUAGUGAAGUUCCUUCAGAUGGCUCGUAAGAAGGCCCGGGAAUCCUAUGUGGAGACAGAGCUCAUCUUUGCGCUGGCUAAAACAGGCAGGCUGGCUGAACUAGAGGAGUUUGUCAGUGGCCCUAACAAUGCCCAUAUACAACAGGUGGGAGAUAGGUGUUAUGAAGAGGAGAUGUAUGAUGCUGCCAAGCUGCUUUAUAAUAAUGUGUCCAACUUCGCCCGCCUGGCGUCCACGCUGGUUCACCUGAGAGAGUACCAGGCUGCCGUGGACAGCGCCAGAAAAGCCAACAGCACACGGACCUGGAAGGAGGUGUGCUUUGCGUGUGUGGAUGGUGAGGAGUUUCGAUUGGCUCAGAUCUGUGGUCUUCACAUUGUCAUCCACGCUGAUGAACUGGAGGAGCUCAUCAGUUACUAUCAGGACCAAGGUUAUUAUGAGGAGCUGAUAGCCCUGUUGGAGGCAGCGUUGGGUUUGGAGCGCGCUCACAUGGGCAUGUUCACAGAGCUGGCCAUCCUCUACUCCAAGUUCAAACCCCAGAAGAUGAGGGAACACCUGGAGCUCUUCUGGUCCCGUGUCAACAUCCCAAAGGUGCUGCGAGCAGCGGAGCAGUCCCAUCUGUGGGCGGAGUUGGUGUUUCUCUACGAUAAAUACGAGGAGUAUGACAAUGCCGUCCUCACAAUGAUGUCACAUCCUACUGACGCAUGGAAGGAGGUGCAGUUCAAGGACAUCAUCGCCAAGGUGGCCAAUGUCGAGCUGUACUACAAAUCCCUUUCCUUUUACCUUGACUACAAACCCCUGCUAAUGAACGACCUGCUGACCAUACUGUCUCCACGGUUAGACCACAGCCGUGCCGUCGCCUACUUCGCCAAGGUGAAGCAGUUGAAGUUGGUGAAGCCUUACCUAAGGUCAGUGCAGAUUCACAAUAACAAGGGAGUCAAUGAAGCCCUCAACAACCUCCUCACAGAGGAGGAGGACUACCAGGGCCUGAGGGUGUCUAUCGAUGCGUAUGACAACUUUGACACUAUUGGUCUGGCCCAGAGACUGGAGAAGCAUGAGCUGAUUGAGUUCAGACGGAUCGCAGCAUACCUCUACAAAGGCAACAACCGAUGGAGACAGAGCGUGGAACUCUGCAAGAAGGACAAGUUAUACAAAGAUGCCAUGCUGUAUGCUGCCGAGUCUAAAGACGCCGAGCUGGCCGAGUCCCUGCUCCAAUGGUUCCUGGAGGAGGACAGGAAGGAGUGCUUCGCUGCUUGUCUGUUUGCCUCCUAUGACCUUCUGCACCCUGACGUGGUGCUGGAGCUGGCCUGGAGGCACAACAUCAUGGACUUUGCCAUGCCGUACUUCAUCCAGGUCAUGAGGGAGUACCUCACUAAAGUUGAUGAGGUUGCGGAGAAGGUGACGGUGGACAAACUGGAGGAGUCAGAAAGCCAACGGAAGACUGAGGAAGAAGUCACAGAACCCCCUCCAAUAGUUUUUGGUCAGCAGCUGAUGUUGACGGCAGGUGCUGCUCCGGUGGCUUCCCAGCCAGGGUAUCCAGGAGGCUAUGCAUACACUGCCCCAGUCUACCCCACGCAGACCCCCUACGGCUACAGCAUGUAGACCGCCUCCACCCAAUGGAAACCCCGCCCCCCACGACAUGUUGACCCCACCCAGGCCCCCCCUACGGCUAAAGCAUGUAGACCGCCUCCCCCCAACGGAGAGCCCGCCCCCCCACGUUGAGCCCUUCCAGACCGGCCUACAACAUGUACAUCAUGUCAAAUAGACCUUCUGGAAGGUGUCAGUGAUAACCCCACAUUCCUCCUGUAGCUCCUAACACCCCCACCCAACCUCAGGCCCUAAUGUCAGCCACACUCAGCCUGCACUGGAAUACAGAUACACCCUCAACCGAGAAGAGCUCCUCCUCAUCCGGCUCCCCCUCCCACUCCUCGUUCUGCUCCCUCUUUUUCCUUCCCCUCCCUCUCCAGUGGAUUACAGCAAGGCUGGACUGAGCUACCGCCUUCACUACACAGCAUGACGACACACCACAGCUCUUAGCUCCUAGAGAAAAGACAUAAUAACACAUGAAAGCUAAUGUAGAGUACACCAUUGUCCGGGUGUUCUGUUGCUCUUCAGUAGAUAUAGUGUAUCAACCAUAGAGCAGCUUUUUUGAACUCAUUCUUUUUUAUAGAGGUAAUGACACAGCAGUGAUGAUACAGAGACGUUGUCACUGAGCAGCCAGGGAAGGGGCUGGGCCAAGGGUCCCUCAUCCUCCCCUAAGCACUGCUAGUAUUCAGAAGGGGCGGGGCCAAUGGUCCCUCAUACUCCCCUAAGCAACUGCUAGUAUUCUGAAGGGGCGGGGCCAAGGUCCCUCAUACUCCCCUAAGCACUGCUAGUAUUCAGGUGGUGUCACAUAUGGGUCAUUGUUCAGGUUUGCUUCACGACUGUCUCGUGGUUUUUUUGGGAACUACCUGUGCAAUAGUUUUUGUUUGCCCAUCUAAGCAGGUACCGUGUUUUGGAGAUGCAACACUACAGGACUAUAUGGACUAGUGAUACUACUUACUGGAGUUAUGGUGUACUUAACGUACCGAGGUUAUCUUAAAACAUCAAGACCGGAAAGAUUUGCUCUGUUCUUCCUCUAGUCAUAUUGUCUGACCAUUACCAGGUCAAGAUGGACAUUUGGGUCUCUCCACUUUACACUGUGAUGUGUGGUACAGGAUCCCACAGCUCUGGUUGAUGUUGAUGAUGAUGAUGAUGAUGAUGUGAAACAUUACUGCGAUAUGCUGAUGUCUGUGCAUGUGCUGCCAAUCAUAAUGCUGCAACCAGGAGCACAAUUGCCAUGUUACACUUAUAUCAAGUAUUACCUAUGUUGUGUUCAAAACUAAACCUUUACUGUCUCACCACUGACAACUAACAGAACAGUGAAGAAAAUUCCAAUAUUACACAAUGACUACCAAUGCAAUAGGGGAAUAUAUGUCCCUGUUACAGUGGUUCAGAGUUAUCAUUUCAUGUACUGAAUAAACAGUGUAUAAUUUAAAAUGUUGUGAGUAUUAAUCAAAGUCCCAUAAUAUGGCACACCGUUGAUUGUGUAUUGUUGUAGCCCUAAGCAUAUUCAUUAUACUUUUUUUAAAGAAAAUAAAAAGAGCAGACUACACAAAAAUAAAAAAAGGAACAUCUUUAGCAUGAUUGCUUGCAGCAGCCAUCAUCUUGGGUUUUUUCUUCCAGUGAAAGUAGCAAAUUCCAGUGCUUAUGUGUAAAUCUGGAUGGCCUGUCACUGGUUCACCACUGGACCCGUAGCUGUACCACUGUAAAAACGCCAUAGGAAAAACAGGAUCUAAAUUGUAUAGGAACACUUCCCUAUCUGCACAAGUCAUGCUCUCUGAAAAACAAAUAAAGUUUACACACACA